AUGGGUGGAGUUUGCAGAGUGCUAUAUUUUUUUAGAAAUACGAUCCUAGCUCAGAGGGCAGUUGCCAGCACUGUACUUUUCUUCUAGAAACUUGCUGUGUUCUCCUUUGUGAAAUCUGUUAACUUUCAGGAUGUCAAAUGAACUAAAACAAAGGAAAAAGGCCUCUUUACCAGGCAAACAAAAUGAAGGCACUAAAGAACAGACAACUUCAAGAAAGGAAGAUGCUAGAAGUUCAGAAUUAAGUGCAGUGUCUGUAGAAAGCAGCAGAAAAGGUUGCUCACUGCUGGACCCACGGAAUUUUCUCUGCUUUAUUUCGCUUGCAGCUACCGGCGUUCUCACAUGGCUGGUACUACAGCAGUCAACUAAGUUUGCAGAUGUAGAAGAAAAGUAUUCAGUGCUGCUAAAAGAAACUGCUGAUGUUCGUGGUUUGAGCAGUGAAAUUGAUAGAAUCGCAAAGAAGCUGGAAUCCUCAGAAGACAUCCUGCAGAAAGCCACUUCAUCCAUUUCCUUGGCAACCAAGUUUGAAGACGAAGUCUCUAGUCUCCAAAAGAUCAUUCAUAGAAUCCACACCAGAGAAAGUGAGCUGUCAUCGAGGCUGCGAAGCAUAAACACACAGUUCCAAAAUGUCAGUGAUGCGUGGCAGCAUAGCCUGGAUAAUAUUAACCUGGACAUUGAAAGCCUCAAGUCUGAAGCAAAAAUGGUGCAUCAUCAGAUGACAUCCAGAAUCGAUGAGACAGAACAAGGGAUCAAAAUGCUUUCAAAGAAACUGAAAGAUUUAGAUGACAGCACAGUCAGAAAUGUAAAAACCUUAAAAAGACACGAGGAAGAUGAAGUCGCUGAUUUUACCAAGCAGAUAGAAUGGAAUAUGCAAACAAUUCAGAAACUUGAAGAGGAGCACAACAUUUUGGUCAGAUCAGAUACAGAGCUGGCUCAAAAGUUUGCUGAUUAUGAGCCCAAGAUUGAACAAUGCAUGGAUCAUUUACCAGUGAUCGAGAAUGCUGUUCACUCUGUUGUGAAGGUGUCAGCUGAACUGCAGACAACUGAGAAGAAGGUAGAAGAUCUGACAGCUAAGAUAUUCACAGUGGAAGACAGUAUGCUCAAUGCAGUGACAGAAAUACUUGAAAUACAGACAGCACUUGAUGAAAUGCAGUAUGGGAACAGUAUUUUGAAACUACAAAACGAGCUAGGUGUUUUAAAAGAGACUCUCCUGGGAUUUGUUGAUCUUCAGCUGAGUUCACCAACAGCACCCUCUGAGCACCUACUGGAAGAUGAAAAGAAUACUCCAAAAUAAACUCAUCAAGUUCAUGGAGGUGCAUGAAAAACCUAUGAUAAUGAAGUUAUAAUAAUGGAAAACUGACACUCAUAUUUCACUCCAAAGAACUGCAACUGCACAGCACUUUUAUAUAGUUAAUGAACUGUGUAUGUUACAGGAAACUGUUAAAAAGCAUAACAUUUAAACGCAUUACAUAGCAAUGAUAUUAAAACAUAAAAAAAGAAAAACAGUAAUUCAUGAAGUCUAUGAUUAUCUUAAAUGGCAGCCAGCACUAGUAUGAAUGGUAAGAAGAUGUCAAGAUAUUCGGGCAUCUGCUAUAGCUUUUUGGCCAUAGGUAACAUGACAGCCAUUACCCAAGCAACCAUAUUUGAUGUUACAUGGUGAUAAAAUGCCACGUAAAGAUAAAAAGUAAGAAUAGACUAGCCCAGCUGACAAGACAUCUUUUUGCUAUGAAAACAUAUUUCAUAACAGUUUUGUAAAGAAAGUAUAGGUACAGCACUGAUAAAAUAAACCAGCAUGUGUAGUGGUGCGUGUACUGAUGGGGUUACAGUUCUGGUACUGAGAUUAGUUUAUAACUCUAAAGUACAUUUUAUAUAUUUAUAGAAAUGCAUAACAUUUUAUACCUUGAAUUAUGUUUGUCAUAUUUUCUGCAGCUGUUUAAACCAUUAUGUUUCAGUGAGUCAUUAAAGAUUGAAGUUGUACUUUUAAUCAUAAUGUACCUUUUGCUUGCAUAUGGGCCACUCUUACUGAAAAAAGCAGCUCAGAUCAGACUCUUCUAGAAGUAGAUUUUCAGGAGAGAAAUGUUUGAUUUACAUGUUUUUAAGCAUAUUAUUUCUUUAUAGCACUGAAUUAGUGAUGCACCUGAAUGGCUAAUAUUACUGUUCCUGAGUAGGUCUCAUGUACAGUAAGGGUAAAGGUUUAGGAGCUGCUUUCUAUACCCUGCUUCCUGUUGGUGCGGGGGCUUAUACAGUAUGUUAAAACUUAAAUGUGAAAUCACUCUUACAAAGAUUUUGAAGUGAAUUCUAGUCAAUAUUUCAAAGGCAUGUUGCCAGUUUCGCCAUUCCCCUUUUAUCAGUAUCCUGUUAAUAGCCCCAGGGCUUACAGUGAGGUUUUAUAAAUGAACCAUUGUGCCGACAGGAGCUACUGUUACCAUCUGACUCAUUUUCUCCUGGCUCCAGUACAGUAAUAUGUAUUGUUGCUACUGCUGAAGCUAUGGGUCUGAAUGAAGUGAAUAAAGUUAGGUCCUGUACUUAGAUCACCUGCAGUAGGAUAUCAGGUUAAACUGUGAAUUAAAAAUAAUGUGUAUUUUCUCUGACUGUAGCUUCUGUGAAUGUGGGUGGUUGGAGAUGAAAGGAGCUGGGUGCUGUUUAUGUUUUCUGCAGGGAUCACUGUUGCACUACAAAUCCUUAUUCACACAAAUAUUCCCUAGACUCUUGGUCUGAUAUAUAGCUAAAAGGAGGAACAGCCAUUUCACUUAAUUCUUUGGGCAAAAGUAAUAGUGAGCAGUUUUCCCCCUUUUCUCAGUCUGCAUAGCUCUAAAAAGCCAACACCUAGUAAAAAGUAGCAAUACACUUCUCUUCUAGUUUCUUGAAAAUCUCCCAUGAAGUAGGGCCAAAAAGUAAAUAUUUGCCUAGAGAUCCAACCAAUAAGGUCCUCUUUGCACUGGCUGGCAAGGGCAAGUAACCAUAGCCAAGCAUACCUUCUAAUUACAGCACCAUCUGUUACUGAUCUGCUACAGGGAUCUGCUGCAGUACAUCUGCAUUCAUGCUUACCCACUUUAUUUGUAGUUUGGGUCAGUGUACAUCCCGUUUCUUUAGGAGCCUCAUGUAUGAUUUCAGAAGUCAUGUCCUGCAUCUGUCAGAGGAUCUCUUUCUAUUAUUUAAUGAGAUGCAUCUGGCAUUUGAUAGCUAUGAGUGCCAAGGUGAAACAGGUAUAAGCAUUCUUCCCCAAAAUUUUGUAAGAAAGACCUAGCUAUCCUUAUCACUGUUGAGCAUACAGAAUCUAGGAGUCAGCUUAUGUCUCCUACCAUCAUCAAAAGCUACCACUGCUGGGUCUGCCAUAGGGUUCUUGUAUGAAAUUUAUUAAGUCUAUUGAAUUCUGUAAAGCCUGUCUUAUUUUUUUAUAAACAAGUGGCUGUGAGGCCAGCUCUAGGGUUACUGACUCACAGGCAUCUUCAGUGGCCUGAAAUACUAGUAGGACUGCUAAGGGCUCUGGUUCCUCUCUAGUCAAUAAACCUAUUUAUCUCUUCUUGACCUCCGCCACCCUCUUGGAGCUCCACUUAAAAUGUUCUUUCAUGAGAUUUAAAGUCUAAAUGAAGGAAGUAUUCUCAGAGGGGAGGCCAAAGAAAUUGCUUUCUUGUCGUCUGUGUCAUAAGUUGGAGGCAAUGAAAUUUGUAGGAAGUAGAUCAGGUCCCCCUCUUCUAACCCAGAAUAAAAGGAAGUUGGUUGAGGAGAUGGUGCUUUCCUUUUGAGGUUGCAGGAAUCCCUGAAAGGAGGGUUGAGAUGGUAAGGGUUUAUCCUCUGCCAAUGUGUAAUGCACUGCUCAGUGCAUAUUUUAUAAUGAAAUGCAACCAUGGCCUGGCUGCUGUGCACCCCUCAAUGAGCUUCUUUUAAUCAAAUUAAACCAGGGUCAAUGUCUCUAAAGUCAAUGUUCAGGGCUAAGGUGUUGAAAGAGUAUCCCACCUAAUGGGGGAGCUUUCUCUAUGAGUUUUUUUUUCAGUAAGUCCUGUUUUUUGUAUUUCUUUGACCAGAAUGGAAGGUACGUGUAUGGAUUCAGUGACUGAUACAUUGGAGAUGGACAUUCACUCAUCAUGGAUGCCUGAGAACCAGUGUUUAGCAUAAACAUCUCAAACACCUUGGCAGAGGUCUGCAUAUGAUCAAGAGACAUGAUCCCCUCUGUUUGCUUCUGCUGAAGUCAAAACAGAAGGAGGACCAGCAGAAACUGAGUAUUGGACUUGGAGCCAUGCAAAGCAAAAUAUCACUGAGUUUGAUGACUAAGACUUUGGUGGGACUUGCCUCCUGCUUCCUGCACACAGCUUCUUUCAUAACCAUCUUCUUUGGUCAUUCCGUUCUUCUUUACUUGGUAGUGCAGAGUUCUUCCUGACCUUGAGCAGAUGACUGCAACAAGGUUUUUAUAGUCUAGGCAAGCUUUCUAAUUGUUUAUCAACUGAAAGAAUGGUUUCCUUUAUAAACCUAUAUAGUGCUCACAGGAAGUCUGGUUAAAAAAAGCUUUACCCAGAAGAUGUUAAGGCUGACUUAUUAGAUGUUUCUAUCACCACAAAAUGCCUGUGCAACAAGCCAGCAGAUGACAUCCUAACUGGUGUCAAAAAGAAAGGGAAAAUUAUAUCAGCUGUAAAAUAAAUGCUUCAUGAUUCUGUAUUAUAAAAGGUUUUUCCUUCAAACAAAAGGCUAUUUUUAAAGCAACAAAUGAUAAACUAACAGAAAUGGUCUCCUUCUUAAUUUUCCUUUAAUCUUUUUGAAAGAAAGGGAAAGCAACAGGAAACAAAAAGACAUUAAUGAUGUAUCCUCAGAUCCCCUUACUUUCUACACCUUCCCUCUUUCAUCCUAUAAGAGAUAAGUCUAUGCACCAUGUUAUUCCCAGCAUGAUAUUACCAAGAGCUCUUCAUAUAAUUUCAUAAGGUUAUUCCAUGGAAUAUAUGAAGUUUCUUAGCUUUCCUGCAGAUUUUCAUACCAGUUUGUUAGCUGUACACAGCCUUAGAGCUAGCAGUAUAGCUUUUCGGUAAAGGUAUUACAAUGUGUUCUACACCACUGCAAAGGUAACAGUUUUAUUUCAGAUUUUCAUAGCCCCAAAAAAGGGUAACUCCUUAAUUUGUAGGCCAUUCAAACCUCAGCCAUUUUAUACUAACAAAAAACUUCAGAAUGGUAGCUGAAAACUGUAAGGCAUUCAGAUAUCAGAACUCCAUCCCCACUGCUUUGGAUAAGGAGGACAUCGAUCUUCACAUUCUAGCCAAGCCAUCACACAGAACAUAUCUUCAUUUUCAGGCAGCAGAUUUCCCCUUUCAGCUAGUCAUUCAUCCAUUUGGCUUAUCCAUAGCUAUAAGACUAAUCACAGCAGUGUUUACCAGUUAAACAUAGAAAACAGGUUGUCUCCCAUCUUGGAUAACCGUUUCUUUUUUUUCUUUGAAUAUUGUAUCCGUUGAAGUUCCAUAACAUUUUCAUUUCAAAUAAAUGUAUUUACAUAAAGACAACGAUCACAAGAAUUCAAGCAGAAGAUAUUUCGAUCAUAAUUUCAACCAAGCAUUUUUAAACAAUAAAGAAUUAUUUAUUCAAAUGCAAUUAUUUACACA